AUGGACCAAGCCCAGCAGCAGGUGUGUAUCCAGUCAGUGACGGUGGUUCUGGAUGAAGAUGUUAAUCACCAGGUGACUCUGACCCGAGAGGGGGAAGUGCUUAUAGGGGUCAACCCCGCCCCCGCUUUGCCCUACACCGGUGAUGUAGUUGAGGUACGGAGGUUAACGUCAGUGUUCGUCCAGCUGAGGACGUUGCUUGGACUGCGUCUGCAAUAUGAUGGGCGUGGUGGGCGUGUCUAUCUACAGCUGGACAGCCAAUGGCGCAGCAACACGCUGGGCCUUUGUGGAACCUUCAACGGAAACCUGCGGGAUGACUUCCUGUCUCCAGCAGGGAUGAUAGAGGGGACUCCCCAGCUCCAUGCUAACUCCUGGAGGGUCUCAUCUGCUUGCUCCGCCCCCGUCAACCAGCCCAUCAUUGACCCCUGUGAGAUAAAUCAGCACAACGUGUUCUACGCCUCUCUGUGUGAGGUGUUGUUGGGCAGUGUGUUCUCUCCAUGCCAUGGUUACGUCAGUUCCAGUGUGUACCAGCAGCAGUGUCGCUACCAGGCCUGUCGCUGUGGUAACGCCUGUCUGUGUACGGCCCUGGCCCACUAUGCCUAUCUCUGCUCCAAACACAAUGUUAUUGUCAACUACAGGGCCCACGUCUCAGAGUGUGGGAUGGUGUGUUUGGGUGGGAUGCUGUACCAGUCCUGUGUGUCGUCCUGCGGCGGGUCCUGCCGCUCCCUCUCCAGUGGAGAGACCUGUAACCAUGACGACUGUGCUGAGGGGUGUGGCUGCUCCGAGGGCAGUUACUACGACGACGUACGACAACGCUGCGUUCAGCCGUCGCAGUGUCAUUGUUACUCUAUUGGAGGGGUGUCCCAGCCAGGGGAGGUGUCCUUCAGCGCCGCAGGCCCUUGCCUGUGCAGGAAUGGUAGGAUGGAGUGUGUACCAGAAGAAAGAGAGCCAGAGCGAGGCCAGUGUCCAGAGGGAAAGGUGUUCCACAGCUGCUCUGAGCCCCAGGGGUUCCACGGGUUCCAGGGAGCGCCGGCCUGGCGAGGAGGUGUGGCCUGUGAGCUCACCUGUCGGAACCUGAUGUUGAAUCUGACCUGUCCUCCCACCACACCCUGUAUACCUGGCUGUGUCUGCCAACAAGGGCUGGUGCUGCACCGUGGGGAAUGUUACUACCCAGAGAACUGCCCCUGUGCCUGGCUGGGCCUGGAGUAUCUGCCAGGAGAGACUGUCGACACCCCCUGUUACAGAUGUGUGUGUCACCGGGGCUAUUUUAACUGUAGUCACAGUCCGUGUCCGGCUGUGUGUACGGUCUACAGUGACAGACACUACCACACCUUCGACGGCCUGGAGUACGACUACCACUCAGACUGUCAGGUCUACCUACUCAAGAGUACAGAUGGUGAGGUGUCCAAUCGUGGCCCAAGUCCAUCCAGUGUGGUAGGUAAGGGGUCCGAAUUUGAGCUGUGGUCAGCAGGCUACUACACAGCAAUCCACUUUCCCUACCAGGACCUAACCAUUCUCUGGGACCGCAAGACGACCGUACACAUCAAAGUUGGACCACAUUGGAAGGGUCUCCUGAGUGGUCUGUGUGGGAACUUUGACAGUGUGACAGUGAAUGACAUGACCACGUCCAGUCACAUGGAGGUCAGCAAUGCUCAGGGCUUUGGAGACAGCUGGGCCCUGGGACAGUGUGAGAGUGACUAUGUGGUGAAGAGAGCGUGUGAAGGAGACCUGGGUAGACAGCCGUACGCCAAAGAGAGGUGUGCUCUACUCUACAGUGAUGUCUUUAUCCCUGUGGAUGUCUCAUGGUUCUAUAUGAACUGCUUGACAGACACUUGUAACUGUAAUCGGGGCGGAGACUGUGAGUGUCUGUGUACGUCCAUCGCUGCCUAUGCACACACCUGCUGUCAACACGGUGUUACUGUGGUAUGGAGAAACCCCUCUGUCUGUCCCUAUGACUGUGAAUACUACAACCAAGAGUUAGGUGAAGGUCCAUUCUCAGUGGUCAGUGCUGUGUUUAAUGCUACAGUCUUCGGUGUGAACAGAACCAGUGGGUCAGUGUUUCCUCUAGUUAGGGAGUUCGUAGGUGGGCUGCCUCCCCCUGGACUACUCUUUAACUUCAUGAUCACAGCAGGACUACAGAAGGACCGCACAUCACGUCUCCCGGUGGUCUCUCUGGAGUCAGCAGAGCGUCCUAACUACUUCCUCGUUGUGUCUGAGCGUACUGGGCUGCGGUUGGAGCAGUGGACCAGAGGGGAGGAGUUUGGCCACAGGGCUUCCUUCCUGCAGCACCAGGGGGUGUUCCUGCCUGGCCACACCUCUUUCGAGCUGAUUGGCCAGCCAGGAGUGUUCCUGACUCUGACACGCACGUCUGCACGCGCUCAGAGAUACGACAACUCAGACAACUUCAAGACCAGCAGCUCCUUUACCCUGGAGGAGAGCAGUUUUGUGAUCCCGUUCCGUAUGAUGUGUGAGUGGCGCUACCAUGCAUGUGCCAGUCCUUGUGUUCGUACAUGCAGCGACCUCGAGGCCACACGCUGCCACUUCCUGCCCCCGGUGGAGGGCUGUUUCCCUCGCUGCCCCAAAAACAUGGUUUUUGAUGAGGUCACCAGGAGAUGUGUCUACACAGAGGACUGUGUGUCCCUUCCUCCCACUCCUACACCCUAUGCCUUCGUAAACCAAACAACCACCACCCCAACUACUACCACUACAGCCCCCACUACUACCACUACAGCCCUCACUACUCCCCCGUACUCCUACCGUGUAGAUGAGUGUACAGAGCUGAUCUGUUUUAAUGGGGAGCUGCUCCUCCAUAACUCCUCCCUCCACUGUCGGUACAACACCACUCCUCCUCGCUGCUCUCUGCUGGGCAUGGCUGUCCUCACCAACACCGACCCCUGCUGCCCGCUCUGGCAGUGCCCCUGUCGCUGCUCGGUGAUGUCAGACCUGCGUGUGAUAACGUUUGACGGUAACAACGUGGCGCUGUAUGAUAAUGGCUCCUACAUCCUGGUCUACCUGCCCAGAGAGAACAUCAUAGGAACAGUGGAUAAAUGCCCUACCAGCCAGAGCGUCAACUCCAUCAGACGACCGAGCCCUAGUGGUGGGACGUCAGGUUUGUGUUUUAAGAAGUUGAACAUCACCACUCCGUCCUACAGGAUUAUCAUCAACCGCCUAGACCGCAAGGUGACCAUCACUGACCGCAUCCGACUGAUAACUGGGUGUUGUGACGGGAACCCGGCGGAUGACCUGAAGCUGCCUAACGGUACGGUGGUGAGGGAGGUGGCAGACCUUGGUCUGUUCCUGCAGGCCUGGAGGGUCCAAACCUCAGAGGACACGGAACACACACGACGCAUCGGAGACAACUGUACCACUGGAGACUGCUCUACCUGUCUCUCCAUGCUCAGACAGAGACCCUUCACUCCCUGCCACAGCAAGGUGUCUCCAGAACAGUUCUGUGAUGUGAUGUGGGCAGGCGACCUUCACUAUAAGGCCCACCAGUGUGACUUCCUGGCAGCCUACGUAGCUAUCUGCUACACUUACCAAGUCUGCAUCAACUGGAGACGACACAACUUCUGCCCAUUGAGGUGUCCCCCAGGUAGGGAGUACCAGGCGUGUGUGUCGACCUGUACCACCCGGACCUGUCAGAACAGAGAGUUCUAUGAGGAGACCACCUGCUCCCACAUCAGAGAGGAGUGUGUGUGUCGCUCUGGAACCAUCCUGCACCGAGCAGACUCCACUUACUGCGUCACAGAGGAGCAGUGUGUGUGUACGGAUAACGAGGGGUCUCCGCGGGCCCCUGGGGAGGUGUGGAACGGGUCAUUGCGUGGCUGCUGUCUGUUCCGCUGCCUGGAGAACGGUUCUGUGGUGGCAGUAGAACCUGACUGCAGCUUUAGUCCCACUCUGCUGUGUGAGAGGGAGGGAGAGUACGUACUGGAUGUCCUGGAGGAGGGGGCUUGCUGCCCCAAGAAGAUCUGUGAAUGUAAUCUGACCAUCUGUGAGAGUGAGGCUCCGCCCUGUGAGAAUGGGAACCAGCUGGUGAUUGGUUACAGUGCCCUGUCCUGCUGCCCAGAGUACCGUUGUGAGUGCGACCCCCAUGCCUGUCCCCCCCUCACCGCCCCUGAUUGUAGAGAAGAUCAGUUCCUAGUGGAGGUUCGUGAGGACAACUCCUGCUGUUACUCCUUCCUGUGUGUGUGUGAGUCGUGUAUCGAGCCCGUGCCGUCCUGUUCUUAUGGAGAGAUACUGGCUGUUGAUCUGAACACCACCCACAGCUGCUGCCCUCAAUACCACUGUGUGUGUGAUGUGAACCUGUGUCCUGAGUCGACUCUGAGCUGUUCUCCUGGUCUGUCUCUGAUCCAAACAACCCUACCUGGACACUGUUGCCCCGACCGUCACUGUGAGUGCCAGUGUGAGGACAGCUCUCUCCCAGUCUGUCAGGUGGGGGAGGUACAGGUGGAGGUCGCAGACAGCAGAAGCACCUGUGGCUGCCCCCUCUACACCUGCAGUAAGUCCAUACACACUAUUCCUAACGUUCUCCUGACAUUGCUGUUCCUGCCGCUGCUCCCAGGUUCUGGAGUCGGUGUUUUACCGUUUACCGUUAACCCCGUAACCCCCACUGGUAGUACUAACUGUGACAAAGGUAAGGAGGACGGUAAGACGUGUAAGCGUGUGGCAAUCCGAACCACCAUCAGAAAAGACGACUGCAGGAGCAACGCACCGGUGACAGUAUUUUCAUGUGAUGGGAAGUGUCCGUCUGCCACCAUCUUUAACUUCAACAUCAACAGCCACGCCCGCUUCUGUAAGUGCUGCAGGGAGAGUGGACUACAAACCCGCUCCGUCACCCUGUACUGCUCACACAACGCUACCCUGGUGGUCUACAGCUUCCAGGAGCCUGUUGACUGCUCCUGCCAAUGGAACUAGAGAGAGAACGAAGCUAGUCAGUGUGAGCUCCAGUAUGGCGUUCAAUAGGAGGGAUGGAAGAUGGAACAGAGGUUAGAGGUCAGAGGUCAGAGCAGACAGGUCAAGCGUCCAGGUAGGCGAGUUCUUUAGUCUUCCUUCAGUGUGUUGUGGAGGGCUGUAUGCUGACCUGUUAUAGUGACCCUGUCGUUACAGAUAUGUAGUGGUCAGAUUUGUAGGGCUGUAACCUGUUCCUACUCUACUAUGAUAACACUAGUCCUAUCUGUACUGCUGUAGCCUGCUCCUCCUCAUAUGUAACACUAGCUAGUCCUCUCUGACUUUAUCAUGUUUAGAUCAGUUGGUCUGAGCUGACAGGACCGCUGCUGCUUUAGUAUGGAUCUAGUGCUCUCUUGAUGACUGACAUGUUUUAUAUGCCGAUCAAAUUUCUCUUACAAAAUAGUUUUUUUUUUUACAAGUGUAAAGCUUUUAUACAAAAAUAUUUGUAUUUAACUCAAUCAAUUAUUUAGUAAGGUGAUAAUCCACCUAAGCAUCUGAUGGUAGAUUAUCUGUAUUUCAACAGAACGCUGUAUUUGUUGUGUUGUUUAAUGUGAAGCAUUGUGCCAGUAUUCAGUAUGUGCUGAUGCCAUCAGAUAGACUAGAGUCUCUAGUCAUACAGAACCUCUCAGAAUAAAACAAUAAAACAUUUAACAGUGA